UAAUGUUAAGCUAUGCUAUAGUUAUGUUAACCGUAUAAUAGCUAUAAUACUGUAGUAUUGAGUUGUAUAACACUCUGUGUAUGUAUUGAAUACAUUGAAUACAUUGAAUGCAUUGAAAAGCACUGCAAUUGUAUUGUAUUCAACACUAGAUUGUCAUCAAUGGUGCAGAAGUAGUGUUAAGACAAGCGUGUAUUGAAUGUGGGAUCAGAUGUCGAUUGUUUUGUCACCAUUUAAUUGUUAAGCAAAUAAUCGAUUUGAUUGUCACUUCAAUUGGUUUCCGUCUGUAAUCAGUUGUUGUCUUCUGUCAACUCUAUUAUCUAUUGAUUGAAUGUCUGUCCCCUCGACGGGGAUCACCAAUAGGUCCAGUCAUUGGGCGAAUAGCGAGCAAACAUUCAAAAGCGGUGACCGUUUCGGACAGAAAGACCACUCACGAGAGCCAAUCGGGUCUAACCUCUGAUUCUGACCACGACUUGAGUCACAAAGAUAUAUGCGUUCAAAGAAAGGUCAUCGAAGACAUCAACAAAGAUAUAUCUAAUAUUGACAUUAACGCCGACAAAGACAGGAAAGAGAAACCACUUGUAGAAAAAGCAGACGACAACCAAUUUUCCAACAAUUAUACUGACAUCACAACCGCACAAACAGAUCCAUCGAUUGAUAACAUAAAGUCUUUCAAAUCUAAUAAGACUAUUGUCAUCGACAGUACGGGUGAUCAACAACUGAAUCCAAUCAACACGACUGACGGCACACUAAACGCUAGCGACGCUAUGAAUCACGUGACACAAAAUGACAAAAGCAAUCAACUGUUGAGACAUAACGACAUUCAACAGAACGACGAAGAAAUGAUGGACACCGCCGGUGAUGACAAUACAGUCAGGACUGAUGAUAUUAUAACAUCACUUAAUAUUGAUGGCAACGACGAUAAAAACCGACACAAAGACGAAACAAAAUUACUUAACGGAGACUCCGGUGGCAAUCAGGACGAGGCCAUGGAUGAAGAGGAUGAGGCCCGAUCUGAAGCGACAUUUCGCUUUAAAAUUGAAAAUUUCAGUAAACUAAGGGAUACAACAUUGAGUCCACCCACUUAUGUUCGAAACCUUCCCUGGAAAAUAAUGGCAAUGCCCCGAACAAAUCAAGCACAUGAUCGACAACCCACCAAAAGUCUUGGUUUCUUUUUGCAGUGUAAUGGAGAGUCCGACUCAACAACCUGGUCUUGCAAUGCAACCGCUGAACUUAGGAUUAUCUCUCAGAAAGAGAGCAUUGAAAAUAUAUGUCGAAAAAUUCAACAUAUUUUUUAUAGUAAAGAAAACGAUUGGGGUUUUAGUCAUUUUUUGGGUUGGAAUGAUAUUCUUGACCCAGACAAAGGUCACAUUAAAGAUGACGCCGUCAUUCUUGAAGUUUGGGUCUCUGCCGACGCACCACAUGGUGUUAGUUGGGACAGUAAAAAACAUACGGGUUAUGUGGGGCUCAAGAAUCAGGGGGCGACCUGUUAUAUGAAUUCUUUGCUUCAAACAUUAUUUUUUACGAAUCAAUUGCGAAAAGCAGUCUAUCAAAUGCCCACUGAAAGCGACGACUCAUCCAAAAGUGUUGCUCUGGCUUUGCAACGAGUAUUCUAUGAAUUGCAGUUUUCCGAUAAACCCGUCGGUACUAAAAAGUUGACCAAAUCUUUCGGAUGGGAAACAUUAGAUUCAUUUAUGCAACACGACGUACAAGAAUUGUGUCGUGUUUUAGUCGAUAAUAUGGAAAGUAAAAUGAAGGGAACGUGUGUUGAGGGAACUAUUCCAAGACUUUUUGAGGGAAAAAUGAUCUCAUUUAUUCGCUGCAAACACGUUGACUGUUCGUCAUCAAGAAUUGAACCCUUUUAUGACAUCCAACUGAAUGUAAAGGGAAAGAAGAAUAUUUAUGAAUCAUUUAAAGACUAUAUAGCAGUUGAGUCAUUGGAAGGCGAGAACAAGUACGACGCCGGAGACUUUGGUCUUCAAGAAGCAGAAAAAGGCAUUACUUUUGAGUCGUUUCCUCCCGUUUUACACUUACAUCUGUUACGCUUUCAAUACGAUCCGUUAACCGACACUAACGUCAAAAUCAAUGAUAGAUUUGAAUUUCCAGAGAAACUUAAUUUAGAAGACUUUCUUCAAAAGGCAGAAACAACUCCCGCUAACUAUACAUUACACGCUGUUUUAGUCCAUUCUGGUGACAAUCAUGGCGGACAUUAUGUAGUAUUUAUUAAUCCAAAAGGUGAUGGAAAAUGGUGUAAAUUUGAUGACGAUGUAGUCUCCAGAUGUACUAAAAUGGAAGCCAUUGAUCACAAUUUUGGAGGAAAUGAUGAAGACGUGACUGUCAAGCAUUGCACCAACGCUUAUAUGUUGGUCUAUAUUAGAGAUAGUGUCAUAAACGAAGUCUUACAAAUGGUCACCGAAGAAGAUAUUCCGGAACAACUUAUUGAACGAUUACACGAAGAGAAACGUCAGGAAACUUUACGACGAAAAGAGCGAAACGAAGCGCAUCUCUUCAUGAAUAUUAAUGUUUUCACCGAAGACUCAUUUAUGGGCCAUAAAGGCAAUGACCUCUACGACCCCGAGAAAGCCAUUUAUAAAGUGUUUAAAGUUAGAAAACAAAACACACUGAGCGAAGCCAUUCAGUUAAUUGCUGAACAAAUGAAAUAUCCAUUGAAUUCAAUGAGGAUUUGGCCAAUUAUUUCGAGAGCCAAUGAAACACUGAGGCCAUCAUUACUUGAUUUUGACUCUGAAUGUAACCGACAGGUCAAUGAUGUUUGUGAGGGACAGAAUCCAUGGAAUAUAUUCCUUGAGUUGACUGAAUCCGAUUCAGACAUGCAAUCUUUGCCAUCAGUUGACAAAGAAAGUGAUGUCUUACUAUUUUUUAAAUUAUAUGAUCCAAAAAAUAAUUUCAUCAGUUAUUGUGGUCACGGACACCUACCAGCUGCUGCUAAAACUAGGGAUAUCAUACCUAUCCUUAAUAGCAAAGCAGGUUAUCCAUCUGACACACCUCUUGAGUUAUACGAAGAAGUAAAGCCUAAUUUGGUUGAACGCAUUGAAGAUUUAGACGCACCACUAAAUAAAGUUUUGGAUGAACUAAUGGACGGCGAUAUCAUAGUGUUUCAGAGGGCGGACUUUAAUUUGGGUCCCGAAUGUGAAUUACCGAAUGUUAAAGAAUACUUUAAGGAUUUAUUCUUUAGAGUUGAAGUGACUUUCUGUGAUAAGACUAAUCCAACUGAUGCCGGCUUUACAAUCGAGUUAUCCCUUAAAAUGAAUUACGAACAGAUUGCUAACGCCGUUGCUCAGAGACUCGGAACCGAUCCAUAUCUGAUCCAGUUUUUCAAAAAUCAGAGUUAUCGCGAUGGUCCGGGUGGUCCCUUACGGUGCAACUAUGACGGCACUCUUAAAGAUAUUCUCAUUUUCUAUAAGCCUCGACAACCAAAGAAAAUAUAUUAUCAACAGCUAACGAUAAGAAUCAAUGAAUUGGAGAACAAGAAGCCAUUCAAAUGUGUUUGGGUUAACUCGAAACUCAAAGAAGAGAAAGAGUUACAGUUAUAUCCAAAUAAAAACGGAACGGUUCACGACUUGUUAGAUGAGGCGAAAAAACAAAUUGAAUCCGUAGACGAUUGGUCGGGAAAGUUACGACUUCUAGAGGUCACGUCAUAUAAAAUUCAACAAAUUUUAGCCGAAGAUAUUCUUCUCGAGUGUUUGAAUCCAACCGGAAGUAAAAGCUAUAGAAUAGAAGAAACGCCUAAAGAUGAGAUCCGAAUGGAAACGGGAGAGUUCUUGGUUCCGGUGGCGCACUUCCAUAAAGAAGCCUAUCAGACAUUUGGUGUACCCUUUCUGCUCAAACUUAAGCACAAAGAGCCGUUCACUGCAGUUAAAGAUAGGAUUCAGAAGAAGUUAGAUAUUCCGGAAAAAGAAUUUGAAAAAUAUAAGUUUGCAUUAGUGACCGCCGGAAGGAUUCAAUACAUUAAUGAAGAUAAUGAAUAUGUUAUUAAUAAAGAAGACUUUCACGUUCACACUAUUAAUAGUCCAAUACAGACCAGUUCACCUCCAAAGCCGUGGUUAGGUUUGGAACACAUAAAUAAGGCGCCGAAGAGAUCGCGUUAUAAUUAUUUAGAGAAAGCUAUAAAAAUUCAUAAUUAAUCGACUAUUUUGUAUAAUUUAUCAAAAAAUAUAUUUUAUUUGUAUAUUUAACUAAUAGAAAAAAUCCGAAAACAACAUCUUUCGAGAUUUUGGGUCAAUUACUCAACAAUUA